AAGAUGAAGAAUGAAACAUUUGUGACAGAAUUUGUUCUCUCUGGUCUCUCCUCUAACCCAACCCUUCAGCUUCCUCUCUUUCUCCUCUGCUCAUUCAUCUACAUAGUAACUUUACUGGGAAAUCUUAUGAUCAUUGUGUUGAUUAGAACAAAUCCAGGUUUACAAAAACCAAUGUACUUCUUCCUUAUGAAUCUAUCACUUGUAGAUGUCCUUUAUUCAUCAUCUAUAACACCCAACAUCAUGGCCAACAUUCUCUCAGAAAAGAAGACAAUCUCUAUAACUGCUUGUGCAAUACAAAUGUUCCUCUUCAUCGAUUUGGCAAGCUCAGAAGCCAUGUUACUUGCUGUGAUGGCCUAUGACCGAUAUGUAGCCAUAUGUAAACCGCUGUAUUAUGCAAUCCUUAUCAACAAAGUGACAUGUAUCCGAUUUGUUUGCGCCGUAUACACAGCAGGAUGUGUCAAUUCCUUAAUCCAUACAUGUGCUGCUUUUACCUUACCAUUCUGUCGGUCUAAUAACAUCAACCAUUUCUACUGUGAUAUUAACCCCAUAUUAAAACUCUCAUGUAAAGAUACAUAUGUCAAUGAGUUGUUGUUGUUUGUUGUUGCUGGAUCUUUUGAAGUAGGUUCUUUCUUUUGUAUAUUGUUAUCUUACAUCUACAUUAUUUUUGCCCUGUUUAAGAUAGGAUCUUCAAGAAGUAGGAUCAAGUCUUUAUCCACGUGUGUCUCUCACUUUACCUGUGUAGCCUUAUUCUACUGCCCAACUUUCUUUAUGUACUUACGACCAAAUUCUGCUUAUGCAGUGGAUCAGGACUGGAUGAUGUCAGUGUUCUAUACAGUGAUAAUACCAAUGUUGAAUCCUAUGAUCUAUAGCUUAAGAAAUGAAGAUGUAAAACAAGCUCUCUGGAGGCUUGGACACAGACAUGAGAAAUUAUGUUUAAUGUAG